UACGCCGGGCCCGCAGUUACUCCCGCUGCGUGGUGCGCUUCUCCGACCGAGAACUCUGCUAAUUUCCUCCCGCGGGGAGGACACAGGGACCGAGCAGGGGGGCAGAGACCCCCGGGACGGGACAGCGCCGCCCGAGCGUUGGCAGCAUGGCAGAAGCUGAAGAAGAUUGUCACUCUGAUUUGGUACGGACCGACGACCAUGAAAGAUCUGGUGAGGCAAAUCUUCAGGCAGAGCUCCAGAUGUUCAGAGCUCAGUGGAUGUUUGAGCUUGCCCCAGGUGUGAGUUCUAGUGGGUUGGAACCUCUGCCAUGCAGAGCAUCUUCAAGAGGACCUGGAGUAAAGUCUGCAGAUUCCAGAGGAAAACAGGAGAUAGCAACAGAGGAAAAGGCAAAAGAACUUUUCCUGAAGGCGGUGGAAGAAGAACAAAAUGGGGCCCUUUAUGAAGCCAUCAAAUUUUAUCGUCUAGCCAUGCAGCUUGUACCUGACAUAGAGUUUAAGAUCACCUAUACAAGAUCCUCAGAUGGUGAUGGAGUUGGAAAGAGGUGUGUUGAGGAUAACAAAGAGGAUGACAAAAUGGCUGAUCUCCUGUCGGAUUUCCAGCAGCAGUUAACUCUUCAGGAAUCUUCAGUGAAACUUUGUCAGCCUGAGGUUGAUGUCAGCCAGACCCAUAUGUCAGCAUUGCCUAUGGAAGUACUAAUGUACAUUUUCCGAUGGGUGGUUUCAAGUGACCUGGAUCUGAGAUCAUUAGAGCAAUUAUCUCUUGUCUGUCGAGGAUUUUACAUUUGUGCCAGAGAUCCUGAAAUUUGGCGUCAAGUUUGUUUGAAAAUAUGGGGCAGGAGCUGCAAUAAACUUGUUCCCUAUGCCUCUUGGAGGGAAAUGUUUCUGGAAAGGCCUCGUGUUCGAUUUGAUGGGGUGUAUAUCAGCAAGACAAAAUACAUACGUCAAGGAGAACAAUCUCUUGAUGGUUUCUAUAGAGCGUGGCACCAAGUGGAAUAUUACAGGUAUUUGAGAUUCUUUCCAGAUGGUCAAGUUAUGAUGCUAACAACUCCUGAAGACCCUCAGUCUAUAGUUCCUCGCUUACGGACUAAAAAUACAAGAACAGAUGCAAUCUUGCUUGGCCAUUAUCGCCUUUCCCAAGAAACAGACAAUCAAACCAAAGUAUUUGCUGUAAUAAUGAAGAAAAAGGAUGAGAAACCAAUUGACUACCACAAGUUCAGGUAUUUCCGCCGUGUUCCUGCGCAAGAAACGGAUCACAGUUUUCAUGUAGGACUGCAGCUGUGCUCCAGUGGGCGCCAGAGGUUCAACAAACUUGUCUGGAUACAUCAUUCUUGUCAUGUAACUUACAGGUCAACUGGUGAGACAGCUGUUACUGCUUUCGACAUUGACAAGAUGUACACCCCUCUGUUCUUUGCACGAGUGAAGAGUUUUACUGCAUUCUCAGAGAAGCCGCUCUAAGAAACACCUUUUUCUCUCACAAGUCUUGCAUGAAUGAAAGGUUAUAGUUGAUGAGCACUUAAGUUAUAAAUGUGUAUAUACUUGGAACAUUUUAAAAUUCUGGAGAAUUUUUUUGAAGGUAGUAUGUUUUAUUUGAUUGUGAAUGGCUGGGGUUUUGUUUUGAGAUCAUGCUUAUGAGUAUUAAACACCUUUACUUUGUGACAAGAAUUUGAUAACAAAUUUUUGUUGUUUGAUUUGGUUUGGGUUGGGUUUGGGGUUUUUUUUGGUUUUGUUUUUUUAAUAGGUUUUAUAAAUCAGUCUGCUUAAAAUGUCAGCCUUCAUCUGUCAGGACAGUAGUUUGUCCAAAAGGGCUUGUUAUCGGAAAAUCUCACUGUUCAUGGAAUACUGUGUGUGGGGUCUCCAGUGAAGGCUUGAAAUGUGAAGGGAAGAAAGUUGUCUUAUAUCUGUUAAACUAUGUGACUUAAAAGAACUUCAAAUAAAUGUUUUCUUUAAAUUAAACUUCCUCUGUUUGCCUUUAAGAUCUGGCAUUUUGUCAAUAUCUAACCUUAAGAAAAAACAAUCAAGGGCAAGCUAGCAUGAAGUGUAAAAUUUAAUCGCAGAUGAGCAUCUCCACCAAUGCAGUGAUGUCAGUUGGUCGUAAAUGUAAUUUGUGUCUUGGUUAGAAGCUCAGUGGAGCCUGCCUUCUUGACAGGAUGGGCAGAGAGGGCAAAGGGAUGGGGUGGUGAGUUGUUCUCUUGUACUGAAAUGAGUUUGCAGGGUGUGUGGCUCUGCUUGGGAAGUGUCACAGUGCAGUGGUGAAAUGCCGGUGUGUGUGGCCUGUGCAUUGGCUAGGCCUGAAUGCACAGGUAAGCCAGGGCUCACUUGGACGUGACUGUAAUGUGUUAUAACCCUUCAUCUAACCUUGCUGCAGAUGCUGUAAACCCUUUGAGCAUUUGUUGUACUAAGAUAAAUUUUGAGGCUGCUGUAGAUGUUGAGGUGCUGUGUACUGCUAAUCAUGAAGUGUAUCUUGAGGUUUGGUGCAGGUACUGUAUGCUGCUUCUCCUGCAUAUAUUGCUUGAGGGGGAUGUAGUGCAGACGCUGUAAUGCUGCUUAUUAUAUAUGUAUCUUGGAUUCUCAAAGAACUGAAGCUUUUUAUUAUAGUAGUAUAGUUUUUCUUCAAGCCAUUUUGCAUAAUUUACAUUUGAACAUCUCAUUUCAAAUACUGACCUGGAGUUGAGGACUAAAACGUGAAAGCUGUGGAAAGAAGUAUACUGGUUCCAUAAUUUAUCGAGUGUAUCGUUGCAAGGAGCUACAUGAUUAAAAAUGCAUC